AUGGAUACUCAGAAACCGCUGGCUCGGUUUAUGAAAAAGUUGGACCGUCUUGCACCUCAACUGAACGAACAUUUUGUUGAGAUUCAAGAUUUGGACAGGAAGUCGAGGGAAGAUGGCAACAAAUUAAAGAAAUUGUGUAAUUCAGCUUGUUCAACUCAACCACGAUCGCCGAAACAGAAGAAAGAUCAGCAUGAGGAGCGGUAUACACAGCUGAUGGUUAGGUUUUUAUUUUUAUUUAUAAUUUUAGGUUGUAAAUUGCAUUCUUUGGUAAUUCAAACUUUAAUUGACAAUGAAUUAGUCGUCAGCUUACAAAGAAUCAAGUUUUAGAAGCUUCUAGACGACAUGGAAGAAGAUUGUAAGCGAAAAGUGGAGUUAGCGUCGACAUCAUACGAAACUGUCGACAAAUAUAUAAAUGAUUUGGAUAAAAGUUACCUAAAGUUUACUCAGAACGUGACAGCUCCAGUAGAUCAUAAUAAGAAGCAUCAUCAGAAGGCAUCGACCGGCCGGAAGAAGAAACGAAAAGCUUCUGAAGUUGCAGAAACUGAUGGAACGGCUACUGAAAGUUUAGGUACGUUUUUGUUGGCAUUAUGAGUUUAGAAGAUGUUAUGGUUAGUAGCUUUGCUCUAUAUUAGUACUUAUUGCUAGUUCGAAUGUAAUAUUAUUGUAAAUUUUGUUUUAUAUUAGUAUUUUACUUCAUUAUUACAUUAGUAUUUUACUUUACUGUUUUAGAUUUUGAUAGUCCAUUGGUGGAAAUGCCGGUCGAUCCCAACGAACCCACGUAUUGUUAUUGUCAUCAAGUGUCGUUCGGACAGAUGAUUAUGUGUGAUAACAAAACCUGUAACAUAGAAUGGUUCCAUUUCCAAUGUGUGGGACUAACAUCAACGCCCCGAGGCAAAUGGUACUGCGAUAAUUGUAAAAGCAAAGUGAAACGAGGAAGAAAACCAUCAGCUCUUAACUAA